CAGAGCACCGGGCGGAAGUGUGCCAAAGGUAGCUGUGCAGCCGCUUCCGGUCCGGGUAAACGCGGCUGAGGUCCUGUGUGUGGUUUGUCUCGUGGGAUUAGACUUCUGAGAGAAAGACAGUGGGCGAGGAGGCGAGCAUCAGCGUCUGGACCCAGAAGUCUGGAGCCUAGUGGAAGGAUCGGAAAAAAGGGCAGGAACCUGAAUACGACCUGACCGCUGUUUCCGAGGGGGCAACUUCCACGCAGAACCCCUCUGCCCUGGUAACGGCCAAAAAGGAGGAGAUGGCGCCAGUUAGGGAGCGGCCGUGGCCGAGGCAGUGAGGAAGCGCAAAGGCGGAGCAACCGGAGAAGCCUCGGGAGAGGAGCCAGAGCCAUCGCUGCCACCACUGCCACCACCACCAUGGAAGGAGCGAAGCCGACUUUGCAGCUCGUGUAUCAGGCAGUUCAGGCGCUUUACCACGACCCAGAUCCCAGCGGAAAGGAGCGCGCCUCGUUUUGGCUUGGGGAGCUGCAGCGUUCGCCUCUUUGAAAUGUGCUGCUAGUGGGAGCUGCAGCUUCCUCCUGCUGACUGAGCCCCAGGCUUCGGUUGAGAUGGUCCUUACUGAAAUGUGGAGCUUAGUCCAAGCCUGGAUUUCAGUGGGUAGCACCUGGCAUCUGUGGCUAGAAAGUCCUAUGAAGUGUUCAUGCAUGGGAAAUUUCAGACCAGUUGUUACAGAUUCGGCAGGAUGUGGAAUCAUGCUAUUUUGCUGCACAGACCAUGAAAAUGAAGAUUCAGACCUCAUUUUAUGAGCUCCCCACGGACUCUCAUGCCUCUUUACGGGACUCAUUGCUAACCCAUAUCCAGAACUUGAAAGAUUUGUCGCCUGUCAUUGUAACGCAGCUGGCUUUAGCAAUAGCAGAUCUUGCCCUACAGAUGCCUUCCUGGAAGGGGUGUGUACAGACAUUGGUGGAAAAAUAUAGCAAUGAUGUAACUUCUCUACCUUUUCUGCUGGAGAUCCUUACAGUGUUACCUGAAGAAGUACAUAGUCGCUCCUUACGAAUUGGAGCUAACCGGCGCACAGAAAUUAUAGAAGAUUUGGCUUUUUACUCUAGUACAGUUGUAUCUCUAUUGAUGACCUGUGUAGAAAAAGCAGGAACAGAUGAGAAAAUGCUUAUGAAGGUCUUUCGCUGUUUGGGAAGUUGGUUUAACUUGGGAGUUUUGGACAGUAACUUCAUGGCUAACAAUAAAUUACUAGCACUCCUUUUUGAGGUUUUGCAACAGGAUAAGACCUCAUCCAAUCUACAUGAAGCUGCUUCAGACUGUGUGUGCUCAGCUCUCUAUGCCAUUGAGAAUGUGGAGACUAACUUGCCAUUAGCCAUGCAGCUUUUUCAGGGAGUCUUGACAUUGGAGACUGCCUAUCAUAUGGCUGUGGCACGUGAAGAUUUAGACAAGGUUUUGAAUUAUUGCCGUAUUUUCACUGAACUAUGUGAAACUUUUCUUGAAAAAAUUGUUUGUACUCCAGGCCAAGGUCUCGGGGACCUACGAACUCUGGAACUUCUUCUUAUCUGUGCGGGACAUCCUCAGUAUGAGGUAGUGGAAAUUUCCUUUAACUUUUGGUACCGACUAGGGGAGCAUUUGUACAAAACUAACGAUGAGGUUAUUCAUGGUAUCUUCAAAGCUUACAUUCAGAGACUGCUUCAUGCCUUGGCUCGACACUGCCAGCUGGAACCAGACCAUGAGGGGGUUCCUGAGGAGACUGAUGACUUUGGAGAGUUUCGGAUGAGAGUAUCAGACCUGGUGAAGGACUUGAUUUUCCUGAUUGGGUCUAUGGAGUGUUUUGCUCAGUUAUAUUCCACUCUGAAAGAAGGCAACCCACCCUGGGAGGUGACAGAAGCGGUUCUCUUUAUCAUGGCUGCUAUAGCAAAGAGUGUUGACCCGGAGAACAAUCCCACACUUGUGGAGGUCCUAGAAGGAGUUGUUCGUCUGCCAGAGACAGUACAUACAGCUGUGCGAUACACCAGCAUUGAGUUGGUUGGAGAGAUGAGCGAAGUGGUUGAUCGAAAUCCUCAGUUUCUUGACCCUGUAUUGGGCUACUUGAUGAAAGGCCUGUGUGAAAAGCCCCUGGCUUCUGCUGCAGCCAAAGCCAUUCAUAACAUUUGCUCUGUCUGCCGAGAUCACAUGGCUCAGCACUUUAAUGGACUCCUGGAGAUCGCCCGUUCCCUGGAUUCCUUCAUGUUGUCUCCAGAAGCUGCUGUGGGCUUGCUGAAAGGGACAGCACUUGUCCUAGCCAGAUUACCUUUGGACAAGAUUACUGAAUGUCUUAGUGAGCUGUGUUCUGUUCAGGUUAUGGCAUUGAAAAAGCUGUUGUCUCAGGAGCCCAGCAAUGGCAUAUCCUCAGAUCCUACUGUGUUCUUAGAUCGCCUUGCAGUAAUAUUUAGACACACCAAUCCCAUUGUGGAAAAUGGACAGACUCAUCCGUGCCAAAAAGUCAUACAGGAGAUAUGGCCAGUUUUAUCCGAGACGCUAAAUAAGCACCGGGCUGAUAACCGAAUUGUAGAGCGUUGUUGCAGAUGCCUCCGCUUUGCUGUUCGCUGUGUAGGCAAAGGAUCUGCAGCCUUACUGCAGCCACUAGUCACACAGAUGGUGAAUGUGUACCACGUACAUCAGCACUCCUGUUUCCUGUACCUUGGCAGUAUCCUUGUGGAUGAGUAUGGCAUGGAAGAGGGCUGUCGGCAGGGACUGCUAGACAUGCUGCAGGCACUGUGCAUCCCCACCUUUCAACUCCUAGAACAGCAGAAUGGUCUCCAGAAUCACCCAGACACCGUAGAUGACCUGUUUAGGCUAGCCACCAGGUUUAUUCAGCGUAGCCCUGUCACCUUGCUGAGGAGCCAGGUGGUCAUCCCUAUCUUACAGUGGGCCAUUGCCUCUACCACCCUGGACCACCGGGAUGCCAACUGUAGUGUCAUGAGGUUCCUGAGAGAUCUCAUCCAUACAGGGGUAGCCAAUGAUCAUGAAGAAGACUUUGAGUUACGAAAAGAACUGAUUGGACAGGUGAUGAACCAGCUUGGACAGCAGCUUGUCAGCCAGCUGCUCCACACAUGCUGCUUUUGUCUCCCCCCCUAUACCCUCCCUGACGUGGCUGAGGUGCUCUGGGAGAUCAUGCAGGUUGACAGACCGACUUUUUGCCGAUGGUUAGAGAAUUCCUUGAAAGGUUUACCAAAGGAGACAACAGUGGGAGCCGUCACAGUGACACACAGACAGCUUACAGACUUCCAUAAGCAAGUCACGAGCGCUGAGGAAUGUAAACAAGUUUGCUGGGCCUUGAGAGACUUCACCAGGUUGUUUCGAUAGCUCACACUCCUGCACUGUGCCUGUCACCCAGGAAUGUCUUUUUUAAUUAGAAGACAGGAAGAAAACAAAAUCCAGACUGUGUCCCACAAUCAGAAACCUCCGUGUGGCAAAGGGGCCUUCACCGCCACCAGGGCGUCCCGCCAGACAGGGAGAGACUCCAGCCUUCUGAGGCCGUUCAGAGGAGUUCCUGUUUGGGACUGUGAGGGAAAAUCAGCGCGGUUUAAAAAAAAUGGCUGCGGCCUGGCCGGCAUGGUGGGAGGGAAGUUGGUUUCCUGGUGAACUUGUUUCUAAAAGGAAAAAAAAUUUUUAAGGAAAUAAAAAAGGAAAAAAAGAAAACUAAAUUGAAACCAGAACUGAAACAUUUGCCUGGAAGCAAAUAACACACACACGUAUGCACACAUACACACACCCAUGCAAGUGCACGUGUGCACACAAAAAGUAAAAGUACAGACUUUUCUGUGAAACAAUAAACAUUUACUUAGGGAAGAUGUGGGAGUUCAAAUGAAUUAAAUUGCUGCAGUGGGAAAGAAAGAGUCAAGGUAAAAUGUGUCUCUUUGAGUAUUCUGUUGUUUGUUCCUUCUCUCUCCCCCUCCUCUUUUAACACACGUGAGUAGACAUUUCACCCGCCCGCCUCAGCUGUUUCUUCCCACCUUUCAAGUUGUUCAGAGGAGGAGUAAGCACGGAGUCUGUUCUGCUUUCUGUCACGUCAGUGACACUCAGGACUUGGCCAGGGCCAGAAUUCACUGAUACACCAACCCUGGCUGCACUCAGUCCCCAGAUCCCCUUCCACUCCACAUUGGGUUAUUGUCAGCCUUGGAGGAAAGACCCAGAAUGGGGGCGGGUGGUGAGAUAGAAAUGUAUAUUCUAAGUUUGAGGGUUUUUAAGGGUGUGUUUUUUCUUAGUUAAUUUUUCCCCCACAGAUGAGAGAGAAAAAAUGAGGGUGGGAAUAUGGAGAAAAGAGUUUUACAGGGCUGACUGUAUUUUACUAAAAAAUAUGGAAAUCACUUCAGGGGGGUGUGCAGGAGAGGGGAGCCCAGAGCAGAUCUUGAUGUUUGAAGGAGCGCAGCCCUGCACAGGCAUUAGACGUUAGGGCACUGUUCUGUCUGGUGUUACAGCCAUCUCAAGAACAAAUCAACAACAACAAAUAAAAGAGGAAAAAAAAAAAAACAAUAAAUUUUUAAAAUUUAAUCAGU